CCAGCCCAGCCCAAUUCCUUCAAUCCUCUUCUCAGGAGCCAGACACGAAACCCUAGGGCCUAGGCAGGGCCCCCUAAAAAAACGAAACCCUAGGCAGGGGGCUUCAAACCGUCUUCCUCCGCUCCGACCUCUCGCCCUUGCCCCGUCUCAGACGGGAACCGCAGCCGUCGCCCGCUUCUCUUAAGUGCGGCGCGAGUUGGGAGUGGGGAUGGCUUCCGGCGGGAAUCCGCAGUUCCGGUACACUCAGCCGCCGUCGAAGGUGAUCCAUGUGAGGAACCUGCCGUGGGAGUGCACUGACGAGGAGCUCGCCGAACUGGGGAGCCCAUUCGGCAAGGUGGUCAACACCAAGUGCAACGUCGGUGCCAACCGGAACCAGGCGUUCAUCGAAUUUGCUGACCAAAAUCAGGCGAUUGCUAUGAUAUCUUAUUAUGCAUCGUCAGCGGAGCCAGCACAGGUAAGAGGCAAAAAUGUGUACCUUCAGUACUCCAAUAGACAGGAGAUUGUCAACAGCAAGAGUACGGGGGAUGCUGCUGGCAAUGUUUUGCUGGUAACGAUGGAGGGUGUUCUGCCUGAUGCCGUGAGCAUCGACGUUCUACACUUGGUAUUUUCUGCAUUUGGAUAUGUUCACAAGAUUGCUACCUUUGAGAAGGCAUCUGGUUAUCAGGCACUGAUACAGUUCUCUGAUGCUGAGACUGCAUCUUCUGCAAAAGCUGCUCUGGAUGGCAGAUGCAUUCCUAGCUACUUGCUUCCAGACCUGGAUGGGGCUUGCACUUUAAGAAUAAAUUAUUCAGCACACUCUGUUCUGAAUGUCAAGUUUCAGAGUCACAGGAGUAGGGACUAUACUAACCCAUACCUUCCUCUUGCGCCUUCUGCUAUUGAUGGAUCUGGACUGGAUGGGAAGAAACAGGAGGCAGAGAGCAAUGUUCUGCUUGCAUCAGUUGAGAAUAUGCAGUAUAUUGUUACGAUAGAUGCUCUUCAUGAGGUCUUUUCUGCUUUUGGGUUUGUACACAAGAUUGCUAUCUUUGAGAAGAACUCUGGUUUCCAUGCACUAAUCCAGUAUCCAGAUAUUCAAACUGCAGUUAAAGCAAGAGAAGCAUUAGAAGGACACAGCAUAUAUGAAGGCGGAUAUUGCAAGCUUCACCUCACAUUUUCACGCCAUACUGAUCUUAAUGUCAGGAUCAACAAUGAGCGUGGUCGAGAUUACACUGGAGGGAGCAGUGCUCCGGCUAACUAUGAACCUUCCAUUCUUGGUCCUCAGCCAACACUUCCUGUUGGUGCUGUUGCACCACCAUACAGCAGUGCUUCUCCUGCAGCCACUGGAGCAGUAGUGCCACCAGGGACUACAACUAUUCUGGCAACACCAUCCCCUCGACCCUUCCAUCCUUCCGGUGAGCCACACCCACAAUCUGCAGGUGGACCACAACAGUAUCCCAACCAGGGAAUCCUACAAGGCGCCCUUGGUGUUCCUCCACAGAUCCCUGGCUAUGGUGCCCCAGAGUUUCCCCAAGGCCCAUCUCAAGCUCAAAUGGCACAUCAUUCAGGCCAAGGAAGUCAACAGAUGCCAAAUCAUCAGCUGCCUCAAGGAAUGCCGUUCCCUGGCCAUGGAGGGCAGCAGCUACAUCCAGGUCCUCAAAUGAUGCAAGCUCCAGGUUAUAGAGGCCCGCCGUUUCCACAAGGUCCUAUGCAACCGAUGCCGCAGUUUCCGGUAUACGGCAACCAGCAGUUUCCGGUAUACGGCAACCAGCAGUUUCCUCCUGGUUCUGGACCGCAGAUGAUGGGCUUUCCAGGACAGGGAGGCCAGUAUCCUCCAUUUGGUAGGCCGCUUCAUCCGUAUAACCGUUAGCUGAUUUGCCUGUGCAAUUUAGAUAUACAUGUAAGGAUGUGCCUUCUCUGCCUCAAUUUUCUUGUGGGUUCUGACUUCGAGGUUGUAUGUUGUGGAACUUUCAGUGCUGUGGCAAAAACAUGUCGAGGGUUCAUUAUCAUUCUGUAGUAAAAUACUGCGGGUAUGAGCAUUAUUUCAUUCCCAUUGGAAAAGAAGGAUAUUGGCUGAAAUUGAAUGUCAUUGCGGUGAAAACCUUUUAUGUU